GAUAUGCAUGAGAUUGAGAGGAGACAUGAGUCGCGGUCUCUUCAGACAGAGGGUAAAGAGAUAUAGGGGGGGAAGGGAAGGGGGUGUAGUUAUAGAGACACACUCAGAUGUAUCUAUAUAUCCGUUUGACAUGCAUUUGCAUUUGCAUGUACUUGUCUGUGUGAUAUAAAAGAGGGAAAAGAUAUUGGAAUUUCCAUCAAUUUUCUCUUUCAAUCUCCGGAAACCCCGAAGAUUAGUUAAAGAUCCAUUUUUCAUUGUUGUUUCCGUCUCUUUUUUUCUUUGUUGCUUCAAUUUCGAACAUCAUUAGUGUUUCUUGUUUUCAGGAAAUUUUGAUAAUUUCUUGACUUUGGGCUCUAUUUUUGUAUAAAUUAGCUUAAAGAUCCCAACUUUAUCGCUCUGUAGUUUGGUUUAAAUUAUAAAUUUUUAAAAAUAAAUAAAUGGCGAAUGCAUCUGGGCUGUUGAGUCCAGCGGUUGCGCCCAGUGUGAGGAGGAGAUUGAAUCCACCUAUAGGCGUUUUUCAAUCUGGGUCUUGGUUCUCUGAGGGUGUUUCCAGGAGAAUAGUGUGUUCCAGCACUGUUCAGGGUGCAGAGAAGCUUUCCCCUUCUAAAUCUGGAGUGCCCAGGCUUGUCAGCAGAGGCUGCAAGUUAGUUGGAUGUGGCUCUGCAGUGCCACGUCUUCAGAUAUCCAAUGAUGAUCUCUCGAAAAUCGUCGACACUUCUGAUGAAUGGAUAUCUGUUCGAACUGGAAUUCGAAAUCGAAGAAUACUUUCUGGAAAAGAUAGUUUGACGGAUCUCGCUGCAGAGGCAGCAAAGAAAGCUCUUCAGAUGGCAGAGGUUGAUCCUGAUGAUGUGGAUCUCGUGUUGUUGUGUACUUCAACUCCAGAGGAUUUGUUUGGUAGUGCUCCACAGAUUCAAAAAGCGCUUGGAUGCAAAAACAAUCCAUUAGCUUAUGACAUUACUGCUGCCUGUAGUGGUUUUAUAUUGGGCCUAGUUUCAGCCUCUUGCUACAUUAGAGGGGGUGGCUUCAAUAAUGUUCUGGUGAUUGGUGCUGAUGCUCUAUCUCGCUAUGUCGAUUGGACUGACAGAGGAUCCUGUAUCCUCUUUGGUGAUGCUGCCGGUGCUGUGUUAGUACAGGCAUGUGAUAGUGAAGAGGAUGGAUUAUUUGCUUUUGACUUGCAUAGCGAUGGUGAAGGGCAGAGACACUUAAGAGCUACCAUGAACGAGAAUGAGAAAGAUCAUGAGUUGGGCACAAACGGUUCGCUCCUAGGACUUCUACCCAAAGGGUCCUCAUACUCGUGUAUCCAGAUGAAUGGAAAGGAGGUGUUCCGCUUCGCCGUUCGUGUUGUCCCACAGUCGAUUGAAUUAGCUCUCGAGAAGGCAGGUCUACCAGGAUCCAGUAUAGACUGGUUGCUUCUUCAUCAGGCAAACCAAAGAAUCAUAGAUGCAGUAGCCGCACGUCUAGAACUCCCUUCGGAACGUGUGAUAUCUAACCUGGCAAACUAUGGCAAUACGAGCGCUGCAUCCAUCCCAUUAGCGUUGGACGAAGCUGUACGCAAGGGGAAGGUAAAAGCCGGUCAUAAGAUAGCUACUGCCGGUUUUGGAGCCGGGCUUACAUGGGGCUCAGCGAUCAUUAGAUGGGGAUGAUUGAAAGACGAACACCCCGGUCUGAAAUUUUCUGAGUUUGUAUUAUUCAAAUUUGUCCGAUAACGAAUCGUGCAAGGACAGCUCUUUGUGUUCAGUUGUAGUCUUAUGAUUUUUUCUUGCUUGUAAUGUUUAUUGUAUUGUUGAGGUGGGAAUUAUGCAGGAAACAUGUAAUGAACUUGCUAUAUUUACAUGUAUUUCGACUAGGAUGAAAUAUGGAUGUAGUUUUUAAAGGCUGAUGAUUUACUUCUGGAAAAAUUCUUCCACAAAUUUGUUGGGAGAAAUGAGAGA